UUUUUUUUUCUGUUUGACUUCGCCGCUGUCUCUUCCCUGCUUCUUGUCGUUUCUACGUAGUUUUCUGGGACUGAAAGCAAAAUGGCAACUCCCGAGGCGAACGCUGCAGCUGCCGCGGCGCCAGUCGAGCAGAACGCUGUGGGGUCGGCGGACCAGGGCAAAGAUUCUCAGCCGGAAAUGACUCCAGAAAAGCACGAAGGAAAGAACGUGUGCAAUGAGGAGAAAGAGCUCAGCCGCAAGCGGAAGAGAGGCGGACACGAGGACUCAUUUUUCCCCAAAAAACGCGAGGAGAUGACUCCUGAACAGCUGAAACAAAGAAUCAAGAGACAGGUGGAGUACUACCUUUCAGACGAAAGUCUCGCGUACGACGCCUUCUUCCAAAGCAAAAUGCGCGAGGCUGCACAACAAGGAAAAGGAGAGUCUCUGGAUCUGCGCUUCGUGCUGAGCAGCCCGCGAAUCAAGUCUCUGAAUCUGACCAAGGCAGAGAUCCUGGCGGCCAUCGCAGAUUCAGUGGCCGUGAAAGUGAAGGAAGAGGCAGACGGAACGACGCUGCUUUACCGCGAGACGCCUCUUCCGGAACUCCAAGAAAGACCCCAGCGAACUGCAUGCGCCCGCAGGGAAGACGGCAGUGGUGGAGCCUCCAGACUCCCCCAAGGAGUUGGCAGAGACCCUCACGCUGCUGGCGUUUUCCUCAAGUUAUGCGACAUUCCAGAAAGCGUGCAACAGUGGCAACAAGUCAAGGACGCCAUCAAGGAGACUCUCCCCGGGGAGGUCUUCGUGAAGUUCGUUUCGAAAAUCGAGGAGGUGUCUGUCUCCGCUGACAAGAAGACGCGGCGGUGCUGGGUGUAUCUGGGCUCGUUUGAGGACGAUCGCGAAACUCUCCAGAAGAUGCAGCCGAUCAAAAUUCCUCUCGGUGACGGCGAGGCAGAGGCAUACAUUUUGACUGACCAGGAGGUUCGCCUUUGCGUCCAAGAUCUUCCACCCAGGAUUCGAACCGCUCGCGAAAAAGAUCUGCAGACGCUGAGAAGGCAACUGGCUGCACUGCCGCUGUCGCUCGGAGGCAUCCCCUUCAAGAGCGUCGAACACCUGCGCAUGUGCAUGGCAGAAUUUCUCCAGAAGACGCCCGUAGACCAGGCGCUAAAACCUAACUCGGCAGCCGAAAAAGCAGUCAAAGGUCUCCUGGACUACCACCCAAAAGCGUACAUCAAGAAGGGCGGCCGCGACCGAGAAGUCGUUGGCAUCAAAGUCGGCCUCCACGACAAACGCGAUAGCCAAUCUGGAGAGCGCAGCAAGUGCUUCUUCGUCGUCCGCAAAAAGAAAGGUGCAGAGGAGGACGAAGAGGACGUAGAGGACUUUUCCGUGAGCAAGUGCAUUUCUGAGUUGGCAAAGGAUCCGCCCUGCGAGGCGGAGGAACUGAACAAGUUGCUGCGAAAGCGUUACGAGUCGGUCGCGCAGCAGCGAGCGCAUGCAGCUGAACAGGCUCAGAAGAGGCGCAAGAUUCGUGAAGAAGCUGCGCGAGUGACUGGCGCGGCGACUGCAGUUGCGGAGUCUUCAGAGACGAGUGAGAAAGACGAGAAACAGGGUGCUGAGUCGAACAAGAACAACGACGGUCCUGUUGCGGAGCCUGCUGCGACAGCGCCCAAAGAGGGUCAAACGGCAGCUGAGGACAGUGCGCAGAUCGCAGAGGCGAAGGUGGAAUCCCAGACGGCGUAGCUUACACCUGGGGCUGCAGCCUUCUCGAUUUCUUUGAGAUGUGCUGAGAGGCUAACAGUGGCGACACUUCAAUGGAACACUUCUGGGAAAACGUCUCUCGGAGAGUCCGGGGUCGAGGCUAGUGUUCGUUGCGACAUCUACAAACAGCAACCCCCAAACGCACGUGUAUUUGUAAAGGUCGAGUGUUGACAUUUCUCUUUCGAGAUGCCUCUCUUUUUUCUAGGUCUACCCUGGAAAACGUACCGCUGGAAAACCUACACUUGAUAUACCCGAUUGUUUCUCUCACGCCUUGUGUGUCGCUUGGACUUUUCGGAGUUCCUUUUGAUUAAGUAAAGGAGCACCUGGUCUGCAGAUUUCCUCCUUGCUCUGCCUACACUUUUCUAAACAUGGGGACUCUAAAUUGUUCCGCUGCCAACAGAGAGAUCAGCAUGGCAAACGUGUGUUGUAGGUGUACA